GGGCUGUUAGCAUACUGCAUGCUGGUUUGAUUCCCUUACUUGUAUUCAAGUUGAAGACUGAGUCAGACAGAAUCCAGGAGCUAAUCCUAGAUACACUCUCCAAUUGUCUGUGUGUGGAGGCUUCUGAAGCUCUAGCAACUGGUGCCAUUACUAUCCUGAAGGAAAAGCUCACACACUCAUCAGUGGCGAUCAGAAGCAAAGCAGCUUGGGUCCUGUUAGAAAUUGGUACUCAUCCAGAGGGAAGAAGCAUGGUAUGUGAAGAAGUUAUUCCUGUGCUGGUGAGCCUGUUGGACGAUACAGAUUCUGAAGUCCAAGCUAGUGCAACAGGAGCGCUGAUGUUUGCUACUGUUAAACCUCAGGGGAGAUUCUCAGCCCUACGUGCUGAAGCCAUUCCACCUUUACUGAAGUUGGUUGCUGAGGAAACCAGCAAAGCCCGUCUGAGUGCAAUCAAAACCCUCACCAUGCUGGCUGAGCUACCAGAGGGCCGCAAGACACUCCUAGAUCAUACAGAUACAUUUCAGCAGUGUCUGAAUGAUCCCUGUGAGGCAGUGAAAAGAGCUGCCAAAAUUGCCAUCAGUGUCAUCAAAUGGAAACCUUUCUGA